AUGGGCAACAGCCACUCAGAGCAGGAGCAACAGCCCGAGAAAAGCCUCGGGAGGGGCGACAUUGAGAAGGGAAAACCGAAAGAGACAGAAAAGACCAACACCAAGGUUUCCACCCCUUUCUCUCCCACCCCCAAGCUCUUAUCCCCUGUGCCACCCAGUCAGUUCAAGGGCAUCCCAGACUUCACUGUGAACAUGGGGCAAGCUUCUCUAUGCCCACUGCAGGCGACCCUGUCUCUAUCAAGUCUCUCCACAGAGAGCCCAAUGAGCAUGCAGGCUAUUCCUACCCCCUCCUCUCCUUCCUGGCAUACCCCUAUAAGACCCCCUCGCCCAUCCCAGUCCACAUCUUCACCAAAACCUCAUCCACAGGGCCCAUCGCAGGAGGCAGCCUGGGCCCCCAACCCACAGCCAAUACAGCAGAGACCAGCACCAGUGGCCCCCAACCCUCAGCCAAUACAGCAGAGACCAGCACCAGUGGCCCCCAACCCACAGCCAUCACAGCAGAGACCAGCACCAGUGGCCCCCAACCCACAGCCAACACAGCAGAGACCACCAGUGGCCCAACUCAGCAUUACAGCAGAUGACACACCAGGGCCCCACCACAGCCUCACACGAGACCAGCACCAGGCCCCAAACCCCAGGAUCACAGCAGAACAGCACCAGUGGCCCAACCCACAGCAUCACAGGAGACAUGCAGGAAACAGUAAAAGGCUUCCCUUAGGUCUCCUCAUAACACCAGCACCCCUAGUGGUGACACUGGCAACAACAAGGUCACAACCGGCAGCACUGAGAAUAGAAAGAGUUUACCCAUAGCACCACCCACUGCUACUACUAAACCCAUAGCACCACCACUGCUAUACUAAACCUGCACACCCUCCCCCCCCACUAACUAGCACCACCCACUGCUACUACUAAACCCAUAGCACCACCCACUGCUACUACUAAACCAUAGCACCACCCUGCUACUACUAAACCCAUAGCACCACCCACUGCUACUACUAAACCCAUAGCACCACCCACUGCUACUACUAAACCCAUAGCACCACCCACUGCUACUACUAAACCCAUAGCACCACCCACUGCUACUACUAAACCCAUAGCACCACCCACUGCUACUACUAAACCCAUAGCACACCCACUGCUACUACUAAACCCAUAGCACCACCCACUGCUACUACUAAACCCAUAGCACCACCCACUGCUACUACUAAACCCAUAGCACCACCCACUGCUACUACUAAACCCAUAGCACCACCCACUGCUACUACUAAACCCAUAGCACCACCCACUGCUACUACUAAACCCAUAGCACCACCCACUGCUACUACUAAACCCAUAGCACCACCCACUGCUACUACUAAACCCAUAGCACCACCCACUGCUACUACUAAACCCAUAGCACCACCCACUGCUACUACUAAACCAGCGAGGAGGCUUAGAGAGCCAAUUAAGGUUAGGAGACCUGACGGAACACCUAUUAGUUAUGAUGAACUGAAGGCUGGACUUCCAGAGACAGAGAAAACCAGCACCCCUAGUGGUGACACUGGCAACAGGAACAAGGGCACAACCAGCAGCACUGAGAAUAAAGACAAACCCUCUGGUUCUCUCAAAGUGCCUCCAAACUUUGUGCUCUCUAAAAAGAUUCUGAAAAAGAUUGAGCAUAGGUGAGUCCCUGGUUUGUCCUCCGUCUGUCUGUCCCUUUGUCUGUAUAUAUGUCUGUCUGUCUGUCUCUGUCUGCCUGUCUAUCUAUCUGUCUCUGUAUCUGUCUGUCUUUCAAAUCAAAUCAAAUUUUAUUUGUCACAUGCGCCGAAUACUACACGUGUAGACCUUACCGUGAAAUGCUUCCUUACAAGCCCUUAACCAACAAUGAAGUUUUAAGAAAAUAGAUUUAAGAAAAUAUUUACUAAAUAAACGAAAGUAAAAUAAAAUAAAAAGUAACACAAUAAAAUAACAAUAACAAGGCUAUAUACAGGGGGUACCGGUACCGAGUCAAUGUGAGGUCAUUUGUACAUGUAGGUAGGGGUAAAGUGACUAUGCAUAGAUAAUAAACAGCGAGUAGCAGCAGUGUAGAAAUAAGGGGUGGGGGGGGGAGUCAAUGUAAAUAGUCCAGGUAGCCAUUUGAUUAAUUGUUCAGCAGUCUUAUGGCUUGGGGGUAGAAGCUGUUGAGAAGUCUUUUGGACCUAGACUUGGCACUCCGGUACCGUUUGCCGUGCAGUAGCAGAGAGAACAGUCUAUGACUAGGGUGGCUGGAGUCUUUGACAAUUUUGGGGGGCCUUCCUCUUGUCACGAUCGUCUACCAAUGAGGAGGACCAAGGCGCAGCGUUGAAUGCGAACAUUUUAUUUUAUCAAGAUGAUCACACGAUCAAAACAACAAAAACGAAACGUGACGUCCCUGGUUACAUAAACCAACAAACACGGAACAAGAAACCACAAACACAAAGUGAAAAGACCGACAGUUAAAUAUGGCUCCCAAUCAGAGACAACCAGCUGACACUCGUUGCCUCUGAUUGGGAGUCACUCAGGCCAACAUAGAUAUACAAACAUAGACUUACACACCCUGGCUCAACAUAACAUAGUCCCCAGAGCCAGGGCGUGACAGUACCCCCCCCCAAAGGCGCGGACUCCGACCGCGCCAAACAACCACAACAGGGGAGGGACCGGGUGGGCACUCCGCCUCGGCGGCGGAUCCGGCUCCGGACAUGACCCAGGCACGGGUUGUGCUGGACUGACGAUGCGCACCCCUGGCUUGGUGCGUGGAGGAGGAACGGGCCUUACCAGGCUGACGACGCACACCGUAGGCUUGGUGCGUGGAGCAGGGACAGGCCGGACUGGGCUGACGAAGCACACCACUGACUUGGUGCGGGGAGCAGGAACGGGCCGGACCGGGCUGACGAAGCGCACCCCUGACUUGGUGCGGGGAGCAGGAAUGAGCCGGACCGGGCUGGCGACGCGCACCACUGACUUGGUGCGGGGAGCUUGGAUGGGCCGGACUGGGCUGGCGACGCGCACCACCGACUUGGUGCGGAGAGCAGGAACGGGCCGGACAGGGCUGACGAAACGCACCACAGACUUGGUGCGGGGAGCAGGAAUGGGCCGGACUGGGCUGGCGAUGCGCACCACAGACUUGGUGCGGAGAGCAGGAACGGGCCGGACAGGGCUGGUGACGCGCACCACAGACUUGGUGCGGGGAGCAGGAAUGAGCCGGACCGGGCUGACGACGCGCACCACUGACUUGGUGCGGGGAGCUUGGAUGGGCCGGACUGGGCUGGCGACGCGCACCACAGACUUGGUGGGAGUGGCAGGAACAGGCCGGCCCGUACUGGGAACACACACCACUGGCCCUACGUGGGGAUCAGGAACAGGCCGGACCGGACUGGCAACACACGCCAGUACCUCUCGCCGUGCCUCUACAACCUCCUUCCCCCUGGUGACCAGUGACUCCCGUAACCUGGCGGCCUCCUCUGCCAACCCGCUGGACCGCUCUAUCGCGGCCUCCUGCUGCACCAACGUCGUGAGCCCCCCCCUAAAAAAUUUCUGGGGGUCUCUCCUCCCCGUGGGCCAGGCCUCCAUCGUUCUCGCCAGACUCUCACCCCACUGCUCCAAAGUCCAACCUCUCUCCUCUUCUCUUGGCUUGGCCCAGUCGAGACUCCUACUCCACUGCUCCCAAGUCCAUCCUCUCUCUUCUUCACGCUGCUUGGUCCUGUUAUGGUGGUUUCUUCUGUCACGAUCGUCUACCAAUGAGGAGGACCAAGGCGCAGCGUUGAAUGCGAACAUUUUAUUUUAUCAAGAUGAUCACACGAUCAAAACAACAAAAACGAAACGUGACGUCCCUGGUUACAUAAACCAACAAACACGGAACAAGAAACCACAAACACAAAGUGAAAAGACCGACAGUUAAAUAUGGCUCCCAAUCAGAGACAACCAGCUGACACUCGUUGCCUCUGAUUGGGAGUCACUCAGGCCAACAUAGAUAUACAAACAUAGACUUACACACCCUGGCUCAACAUAACAUAGUCCCCAGAGCCAGGGCGUGACACCUCUGACACUCUGCCUGGUAUAGAUGUCCUGGAUGGCAGGAAGCUUGGCCCCAGUGAUGACCUGGGCUGUACGCACUACCCUCUGUAGCGCCUUACGAUCAGAUGCUGAGCAGUUGCCAUACCAGGCGGUGAUGCAACCGGUCAGGAUGCUCUCGAUGGUGCAGCUGUAUAACUUUUUGAGGAUCUGGGGACCCAUGCCAAAUCUUUUCAGUCUCCUGAGGGGGAAAAGGCGUUGUCGUGCCCUCUUCACAACUGUCUUGGUGUGUUUGGACCAUGAUAGUUUGUUGGUGAUGUGGACAACAAGGAACUUGAAACUAUCGACCCGCUCCACUACAGCCCCGUCGAUGUGAAUGGGGGCGUGUUGGGCCCUCCUUUUCCUGUAGUCCACGAUCAGCUCCUUUGUCUUGCUCACAUUGAGGGAGAGGUUGUUGUCCUGGCAUCACACUACCAGGUCUCUGACCUCCUCCCUAUAGGCUGUCUCAUUGUUGUCGGUGAUCAGGCCUACCACUGUUGUGUCGUCAGCAAACUUGAUGAUGGUGUUGGAGUCAUGCUUGGCCACGCAGUCGUGGGUGAACAAGGAGUAGAGGAGGGGACUGAGCACGCACCCCUGAGGGGCCCCCGUGUUGAGGAUCAGUGUGGCGGAUGUGUUGUUACCUACCCUUACCACCUGGGGGCGGCCCGUCAGGAAGUCCAGGAUCCAGUUGCAGAGGGAGGUGUUUAGUCCCAGGGUUCUUAGCUUAGUGAUGAGCUUUGUGGGCACUACGGUGUUGAACGCUGAGCUGUAUUCAAUGAACAGCAUUCUCACAUAGGUGUCCCUCCAUCUGUCUCUCUGUCUGUAUAUCUGUCUGUCUAGCUGUAUGUCUGUCCUUCUGUCUAUCUGUCUGUCUAGCUGUCUGUCUGUCCCUCUGUAUAUCUGUCUGUCUAGCUGUCUGUCUGUCCCUCUGUAUAUCUGUCUGUCUAGCUGUCUGUCUGUCCCUCUGUCUAUCUGUCUGUCUAGCUGUCUGUCUGUCUAUCUGUCUGUCUAGCUGUCUGUCUGUCCCUCUGUCUAUCUGUCUGUCUAGCUGUCUGUCUGUCCCUCUGUCUAUCUGUCUGUCUAUCUGUCUGUCUAGCUGUCUGUCUGUCCCUCUGUAUAUCUGUCUGUCUAGCUGUCUGUCUGUCCCUCUGUCUAUCUGUCUGUCUCACAGGAGGUUGGUGGAACCUUAAUCGAUCCCCGGGACCACCCAAACGUAAAAAUGUAUAUGUAUAAGCGUCUACUAAAUGGCAUAUUAUUAUUAUUAUUAUUAUUAAUUGGGGAGGACAGACUCGUGGUAAUGGUUGGAGCGGAAUCAGUGGUACGGUAUCAAAUACAUCAAACAUGGUUUCCAGGUGUUUGAUGCCAUUCCAUUUGCUCCGUUCCAGCCAUUAUUAUGAGCCGUCCUCCCCUCAGCAGCCUCCACUGGUCUGUAUGUCCCUCUGUCUAUCUAUCUGUCUGUCUGUCUGCUUGGUUUUCGAGAUUCCUAGUACAUUAUGUGAUUUGACCACGAGACUGAAGAUGGGUGGGGUAUAAAAAUCAGUGGUGGAACAAUUACCCAUCUAUCAUACUUGAGUAAAGUAAAGAUUCCUUCAUAGAAAAUGACUCAAGUAAAACUGAGACACCCAGUAAAAUACUACUUGAAUGAAAGUCUAAAAGUAUUUGGUUUUAAAUAUACUUAAGUAUCAAAAGUCAAUUGAAUUGCUAAAAUAUACUUAAGUAUCAAAAGUAAAAGUAUAAAUCAUUUCAAAUUCCUUAUAUUAAGCAAACCAGACAGCACAAUGUCCUUGUUUUUUAAAUUUACAGAUAGCCAGGGGCACACUCCAACACUCAGACAUAAUUUACAAAUGAAGCAUGUGUUUAGUGAGUCGGCCAGAUCAGAGGCAGUAGGGAUAAUCAGGGAUGUUUACAUUUACAUUUUAGUCAUUUAGCAGACGCUCUUAUCCAGAGCCACUUACAGUUAGUCAGUGCAUACAUUUUCAUACUGGCCCCCCGUUGGAAUCGAACCCACAACCCUGGCGUUGCAAACGCCAUGCUCUACCAACUGAGCUACACGGGACUCUGUGUGUGUGUGUGUGCGUGCGUGCGUGCGUGCGUGCGUGCGUGCGUGCGUGCGUGCGUGCGUGCGUGCGUGCGUGCGUGCGUGCGUGCGUGCGUGCGUGCGUGCGUGCGUGCGUGCGUGCGUGCGUGCGUGCGUGCGUGCGUGCGUGCGUGCGUGCGUGCGUGCGUGCGCACAUACAACAUUUUUGGGUGCAUUUUCCAAUUUGUUAGGUGCAUAAUCCUAACAGGGUGGAACCUAACAGGGUUGACAUUUGAUUUUGAGCCUAACUUGGCCAUAGCUCUGAGUAAGCAAGAUUGAGCUAGCAUAUUGGUGAACACUUGAACAGGAUUUUAACUUCUCUAUCAAACACAUUUUAACAUGUUUAUUCUCUAUAAUUUAGCCUAACAUGAAACAUUUACAAAUAGAUCAAACUGAGUGUUUAUAUUUAUUUAGCUUUGCACCAUAGUUUUCCCACCAAAUAUAUUAUGACACUUCCUGAAUGUGGUGUCAUUGUAGUAAGGGGUUGUUUUCUUAAAUGGAGAAUUACAACAAACUAUAAUAUAAUAUGCCAUUUAGCAGACGCUUUUAUCCAAAGCAACUUACAGUCAUGCGUGCAUACAUUUUUGUGUAUGGGUGGUCCCGGGGAUCGAACCCACUACCUUGGCGUUACAAGCGCCGUGCUCUACCAGCUGAGCUGGUCCACUAACAGGGUGGAAAGUGAUAUCAGGGACACACUGGGGACAUGGCAUAAACACCUACAAAAAGUGUUUAAAAUUCACUUUCAGGAUCCAUCUUUUGGUGUUGUUACGGUAAAGGACACCUGACGUUAUAUUUUAAACCUUUUGGAAUCCACAUUUUCACGACAUUAGAACUGAUAUUUCCUGGGGCCAGAAAAGGCAUUGCAUUGUAGGAAUGACCCAGCUAACGUUCGCUAGUUAGCAUUGUGUUGUUCUCUUGAUAAGUGUGGGAAUUGGACCAUUUUCCUGUCUUGCUAAGAAUUGAAAAUGGAACGAGUACUUUUGGGAGUCAGGGAAUAUGUAUGGAGUAAAAAGUACAUUAUUUUAUUUAGCAAUGUAAUGAAGUAAAAGUAGUCAAAAAUAUAAAUAGUAAUGUACAGAUAACCACAAAAACGACUUAAGUAGUACUUUAAAGUAUUUUUACUUAAGUACUUUAGACCCCUGAUAAAAAUGGUUUUAAUACAUAUUUUUACUACUACAUAAGUGCAUUUUUGGUGUAGUUUGUGUAUAGGGGUCAGUCAGGUUGUCAUGUUCCCCAAUCCCCUCCCUCCUCAGGAUGGAGUAUGUGAAGAAGCAGGAGAGUCUGCCUCCUGCUCCCACCCCCCUGAGGCAGGCUGCAGUCAGGGCAGCUCUGAACGGAGUGGUUCCACACCUUAAGCCUGCUCACAGAGAGGCCAAGGCCCAGAAAGGCAAGACCUCAAAGUCAGACGAUGACUUCAACACUGCUGCCCAGACAAUACAGCCAGCAUGCCAGCCACAAAACAACCCAGAGCCUGCUAGCAAACCAGACAAACCACCUGGAACUUUAGCAGCACCCGUCCCAAACAACUUCUCCUUUUCUCUGGGGACUACCACACCUUCAGCACAAACCCAGAAAGAGAAACCGUCUAAAACCCAACCUCAGGCUCAGACUAAAGCAGCCCCUGAGGCUCAGGGGGCUGGUAGCACCCCGAGUGGUGGCACCACGAGCGGCACCGGUAAACCAGCGGGAACAGGAAGCAGCAGCCGGCUCACCUUCUCUCCCUACUCUGUGUGCGGGCGUUUCCAGGCUGCCAGACUGAGGCUGAAGCAGAUGAGAGAGGACAGGUCCAGGGCUCAGCCAGCAGAGGGCAGCAGAGAGGACAGGUCCAGGGCUCAGCCAGCAGAGGGCAGCAGAGAGGACAGGUCCAGGGCUCAGCCAGCAGAGGGCAGCAGAGAGGACAGGUCCAGGGCUCAGCCAGCAGAGGGCAGCAGAGAGGACAGGUCCAGGGCUCAGCCAGCAGAGGGCAGCAGAGAGGACAGGUCCAGGGCUCAGCCAGCAGACGGCAGCAGAGAGGACAGGUCCAGGGCUCAGCCAGAAGACGGCAGCAGAGAGAACCAGCUCUCUACAGAGCUACUCAGAGCUUCACCUCGAGCUCCAGCUCAACCUCUCACACCAACACCAGCUUCAGCACCACCACGACCCCUCACACCAACACCAGCUUCAGCACCACCACGACCCCUCACACCAACACCAGCCCUAAGCCGAUAUCGAGGCCCUAUCACCACCAAGCAGGGACAGAAGCUCUCAAGAGGACAGGCAGAAGCCAGAGCCACUACAGAGAGCAAUAAACAGCCAGAGCCCAAACCCUCUACAGAGGAAGCAUCAGGAUUCACUAUGACACACUACACUGACUGGCACCUGUCCAAUGCCCAGUGGCCCAUGUUCGACGAGGCAACACAGCUGAUGGAGAGGUUUCAGAAGUACUCUAAUGAGUUCCAUUAUCCUGAUGGCUUCUCUACGUUCAGCAUGUCUACAACACUGGGCAGCAAGGUGACGCUGAGGGAGGUGGAUGAUCCUACAGAGGUAGACACAGCCUUCGAGGAGUGGUACAGUGGCAUGAACCCCUUCACACCUAAAACUACUAACCCCUCCACAGCUACUACUACUACUAACCCAUCCACAGCUACUACUGCUGCCAUACCCACUACCCAGUUACUACAAGCCUCAGACCACAAACCCCCUGCAGACCCCACAGCACCUAAAGUGUCCAACCCCCCAGCCUCUCCACCCAGGUCCAGGAAGAAACAGAAACAAGCAGUGUCUCAGUCCAAGAAUAAAGAGGAGGAAAUGGAGGAUAUCCCACCAGCCUCUCCUCUGUCUCCCAACUGCCCUCCCCGCCCAUCAGGCCGCUGGCACCCGUUCAUGGUGGACAAAUUCUGCUCGCGUCAUGCCCGCUGCCAGCACCGUGCCACUAAUUCAGCGCUGCCACCCAACGUCACCAAGUGGUGAGUCACACCAACACACUCCAACCUAGCUAACUCAUCCCCCGUGAGUGAAGUUUGAUAUAACACUAUCGAUAUGAAUGUGUCAAGCUAUGGUACCAGGUCAUGUAGGAAAGAAAAUAUCCUGUUCCAUUCCUAUACUAGCUUGAUCAUUUCUAGUCCCCCAGUGAAGAAAGUCAACCCGUCUCUUCUCUGUCUUCCUCUCCCAUCAGGUUGAACGUGAGCAGGAACUACCUGUGCGAGCCUCCCUGGGUCACCACGGCAACCCUAGCCACCUCCCUAGCGCUGCGAGAGCGAGGAGAGACGCACCAGUGACAACACAUGCUCAUUCACCAAUACUGGAGUCACACUAGCUAUGUGUUUAGGAAAUAUUUAUACUACAUGAAACUGAUCUUCAAAAUAAAGCAUGGAUUAAAUAAUCUAAUUGAGUAAUAUAGUAAUGUUAAAUUACCUGUUAAAGUACACUUCAAAUUAUAAAGUAGACCACAAGUCAGAAAAAGAUUUUAAUAUUUUAAAUGUCAAAAUGUUGAUAAUCUUACAGAAACAAACAUUUGUAUUUUCCAGAUCAAUUAGAUUACAAACCAUUGAGGGGGAGGGGGGGGGGGGCAAGAAAUUAAACCAAACAUUUAACAAAUACUUUUACAGCAAUUCUUUGUCAGUUGCUAGGAGACGAGGCCAGGGCAUUGAAAUAGACUUCUGUGAGCACUAGAGUAAAAAAAAAAAAAUACCUCAGAGGACAAGGAUAACCCAAAUACCAGGUGUAAUGCAGGAUGUCAACCAUUUAGAGACAUGGAAGACUCACUAUAUGGCCACUGUUUUGCAGCACACUAUGCAUUAGUAAAUGGACAGGGAAAAUCUCAAAUUACACCCUAUUCCCCUAGACACAAACUCUCCAAACGUUCACAUCAAGUUCCUCAAUGCAGUUAGGGUAAAUGGAAACUUGGCCAUUAGAAUGUGCCAACACUUCAAUCUUUAAACUCAGGGUAAUUCCCAAAGGUGGACAAAGCUGUCAGGAGCCACGGAACAGACUGGCCUUAGUUGUGAAGUGAUGCCACAACUUUAUUUCAGUACAUUACUCCGAUGUGUAAACAUACGGUCAGACUAGAGGAUGUAGAAACACUCAUGCCCAGUCUCUUAUCAGAGCCGUGAGAAGCAGGGGGAGUGGAAGAGAACAAAAGUGUUGGAAAAUCUACCAGUCUGACAAUCUGUAUGUCUGCAUGUGUCUGGGUCUGGGUCUAAGGUGUCAGAUGAAUAUAGCGAGCGUCUGCAGUAUGAUGCUCUCUCUAAACAAUCAUCUCCAGCUGCCGAGCGUAUUCGAUGACCUGCGUAGCCAGCUCAGUGGAGGGGAUGUUGACUUCCUCUGUCCUCUGCUGUUGGCUGCUGAACGAGUAGUAGUCGUCUGGGCUCUGGGUCCAGCCCCGCUGCAAAACACACACAACUUUAAUAUAUGAUGAGGCUCUGGGUCCAGCCCCGCUGGACUAAACUCAAGUUCUACGGAUCUCCCAUUCUCUCAAAUCCAGGGGCAUGAUCAGUUAGCCCGGUCCCAGAUCUGUUUGUGCUGUAAAGCCGACUCUUAUGUCAAGCACAAACAGAUCUUGGACCAGGCUAGUGUUCAGUAGGGCACACAACAGAGUAGAACGGACAUGAACUAACCUUCUUGGCAUACUCUGUCAUGUUGUUCGGGGAGGAGAAGAAGAGCACUCUGGUAGCUUCGUUGAACUGGAUCUGUUCAUACGCCUUCUCUAUGCACCCAGCAAUCUCAUCACUGGAAACAAGACGGAUAACAAAUCACACCAUGCCAUCGCUGGACCACAAGGACGACUCACCGAAUCCAUGCAUCUGCCAUUUCCAGGCAAUAUGAAUUCAUCCCAUGUCAGAAGUCAUGCUGUCUCUUACCGGAUGGUGUCUAGCAGAAUGUCUAUGAAGAAGGUGUAGCUCUCAGCAGGGAUGUUCCCUUUGGCCAGAAACACCUUGUUGUAGCUCCCCUCCAUCAGGUACUGACAGGAAAAACAGACAUUAUACAAGCCAGUUCUACACAUGGGAAGUUACAUGGCUCCACAAAGAUAAAACUGAGAAGAGAUGAGAACCAGCGAAGAAGUUCCUGUUGAAAAUAGUAAAAGUAAGAAGUCAACGAAGGGAGAUGAGGCACACGUCUGAAGCGGCGGCAGUCACCUGCUCUAGGGAGACGGGGUGUCGGAUGUAUACGUUGGUCUGGAUGUCUUUAGCAGUCAGCCUCUCCAGCUCCGUGUGGAACUCUGACACACGGUUCUGGGACAGCAGGAAGAGCAGGUUCAGACCCAGCAGCUGGUGC